CCAGCGUGGCCCCCGCGUCAGGACGCACCGGCGUCCGCGUCCAUGUCCGCUCUCUCCGGCAGAGUCUGCUGUGGCGGCGCUCUCGCCUCGCGCCGGUCGGCUCCUCCCCGUCUCUCGAUCCACUCUGUGACUGGUCACGUCGACGGAGGGAGGGGGGGGGGAGCAGUCGGUGUGGAAACACUGAGCUCCCCUCCCGACGAGUCACAAGCUGCCUGCGCUAACCGUCCAGUGUUGGUCCAAGAGUUGACGGGAAGGCGAAACCAGCCCGAUAACAGCUGGGAAUUUUCUAAAAGCCCCCGGCGCGGAUCGGUCGGUGGCGUCCGGAGGACGGGGAUCGGAAGCGCACGAGCCCGGAGCCCGCCGCGGUCUGGACGCGGAGCGCCGCGACGCCGUAGUCUGGACACGGCUGAAAUCAUGGAUGAAAGUUGGAAGAACUGCUUCGAAGAGGAGCUCCUGUGCCCCAUUUGCCUGAACGUUUUCGACGAGCCCGUCCAGCUGCCGUGCAAGCACAACUUCUGCCGGGGCUGCAUCUCCGAGGCCUGGGCCAAAGACGGCGGCGCGGUGCGCUGCCCCGAGUGCAACCGGGACUACGAGCCGAAGCCCGCGCUGGAGAAGAACUUCAAGCUCGCCAACAUCGUCAAGCGCUUCAACGCCCUGAACGCGGAGAAAGCCCCCGCCGCGCUGCACUGCGUGCUGUGCAGGCGCGGCCCCCCGCUGCCCGUGCGCAAAGUGUGCCUGCGCUGCAAGGAGCCGUGCUGCCAGACGCACGUCCAGACGCACCUGCAGCAGCCGUGCGCGGCGCCCGGGCACCUGCUGGUGGACGCCGAGGAGCUGAGCGCGUGGACGUGCCCGAGCCACGAGGAGUACCGGCUGCUGCACUGCGAGGAGGAGCAGUCGGCGCUGUGUGCGUUCUGCUGCAUCUCCCGCUGCGCCGGCCAGCGGCACACGGUGCGCGACGUGGACGCGCAGCGCGUGCAAAUGCAGGCCAUGCUAAUGAGACAGCAAGACAGGCUGGAGGGCCGUGUUCAGAACAUCGAUGAGCAGCUCACCAAGCUGGAGUCAGACAAGACGCUGAUGAAGGACGCGGUGUCGGAGCUGAAGGAGCGCGUGAGGGCCCGGUACCAGAGGAUGCACGCGCUGCUGGAGGCCAACCAGGCCGACGCCAUGCAGGUGCUGGAGAGCACGUACACGCUGUACGUGAGGAAGAACUCCCAGCAGGUUCUGCAGCUCCACGAGCGGCGCCAGGACGCGGAGAAGCUCCUGAGCUCCGUGCAAGCGUUCUUUCACAAAGCCGACAGCAUCAGCUUCAUGAAGUGCACGAAACCGUAUCAGCUGCUGCUAGACAGGUCAAACUCCCACCUAAGCUGCGCCGUCCCUCCACUCAGAGUCGGCCAGAUCAGCUCCCAUCAUUUUCUAUCCGAGCUCUCAGCCAGAGAGAAAAACCUGCGAAAGAUGCUCGAAGAGCCGCUGAACGAAGCAUCCAUCCUCGAGGUCGUCCAGUCUCACGCCGGCUCUGCGGGCUCUAACACGGGGACGAGCUCUGGACUGCAGAAGAGGAAAUACAGCAUGGCCUUCCUGGAGAAUAACCCAGAAACCGCUGCCUCCCAGGAGCAGCCCCCGUUGCUCUACAGCAGUAAAAAGGCCUUCCUGCCUGACCAGAACCACCACGCGUCAUCGCUGUACUCCUCUGACGGCCUCCCUCAGAACCCCCACGCCGGCGCCGCCCACAGCGGGCUCCUUGACAGUCCGGCCCACCACAUGGUGGGUCUGGGGUCCAGCUCCAGCCACCACUCAGGGACCAUCUUCCCCCCGUCCCACUUCCCCGGCGGGGGCGCCUCGCAGCCCAUGUACGAAGGGAGGAAGGUGCUGAUGUGCACGCUGAACAACUGCUGCUGCACGAGGCCGCCCGCCGCCGCCCGCGCGCAGCCCCCGUACGCGGCCUCGGACGCCUUUGCCCCCAUGACCCCUCAGGAGUUCGCCCCACACGGCCCUGUGGCCGCGAGCCAGCCGCUGCAGCAUUUCCCCAUGAGGGGGCUGAUGGAGGCCUCGCAUCCGGCCAGGCACCACGACUUCUACGGGCUCUACGGCCAGUCUUCAACCAAGCAUUACGGGACCAAGUAGUGCAAUCACUUUGUUCAGUUUCACGGAUUUGUUUCCACCAUCUUGGUUUAGAGAUACAACGUGUUAAUUUUGUGUCUCCAAUGCGCCUUGACCCCGUUUUAGGAAACCAAAUCCUGCAGCCCUGGUUAAUCUUCUCAGACAGACAGACGGUACUAAUGCUGUAAUUUGGAAACGCGUGUUUGUGUUUUUAUUUAUUUUUUUGUUUCUGUUCAACUGGAAGUGCUAAUGUGAACAAUGUAGUCUUAAAAUCCUUUAAUCCAAUCGAACGGUCGACUCGAGAAACAACAUAUCCUUCGUGGCGAGUCCUCGUGUGGGAGAGACUUCAGUGCCUAAAAAGACUGUUAACGUGCUCUUGUUGUACUUGCGAGUUCCUAGCUCUUGAUUAUUUCCUGUUUGCGGCUGAAAGCAUGCAGGGAGCCUCCAUGCACUCCAGAGUCCAUGUGGCUUUAAAACACACUGGACUAGAAAUGCUUGUCAGGUUUUUCAUGGCUUUUUAUACAGGAUUAUGAAUAAACCAAAUCCAAAACAUUGGAAAGUACUGAAUAGAGAAGCAUAUUAAAAGGCUUUUUGUAGUA